AUGAAAAACUUGGGCGAACCAAAACAGUUCUUAGGCAUAACUAUAAAGAAAGAUAGAAGUAAUAAAAUAUUGACAAUCAAUCAAACAGAGUAUGUUUACAAAGUGUUAGAAAGGUUUGGAAUGACUGAUUGUAAUCCACACGAAACACCUAUGGUUACUCGACAAGCUAGAAGCAAGAAAAUCAACCAAGAUCAAGAAAAGACGAGAAGAAAAUUAAAUGUCCCAUAUAGAGAGAUCAUUGGAUGUAUUUCUUAUCUGGCGAAUGCUUCACGACCGGAUAUUUCCUUCGCGGUAAAUUUCCACUCGCGUAAGCAAUCUAAUCCCACCGAAGAAGAUUGGUUAGAUGUCAAAAGAGUACUUAGGUAUUUAAAGGGGAUAGCCAAGUUAGGACUUACUUUUAGAGGUAAUGGUGAUACUUUAGAAGCUUACUCUGAUUCAAGUUUUAAAGAUUGGCCAGAUUCCGCUUCUACAAGUGGCUUGGCCAUUUCAUUGUAUAAAGACACCGUUGCAUGGAGAAGUCAUAAGCAAACUUUGGUAACCUCUUCAAAUUGUGGGUCAGAGUAUUUGGCUAUGAGUGAGGCAUGCAAAGAAAUCGUUUCGUUAGAUAAGGCAUUAAGAGAUAUAUUAGGCUACACCAUGUAUCCAGUUACUCUGUACUGUGAUAAUCAAUCUGCCAGAGAUUGUACCCAAAAGGAGGAUAGUCACAAACUUAAAGAUUGUGAUGAUACUUUAGAAGAGAUUAAGAAACGUUUGGAUGAAAAAGAAAGAAUAGGUGUUAAAAGAAAGUUGUCUGAUACUCACGGAGAUUACGUGAAACAGUGUUCUUUAGAAGGUAAAGUCAGUAUUAGAAGGGUAUCUACUCAUGAUAAUACCGCUGAUAUAUUUACUAAGCCACUUCCUCUUCAACCAUUUAGAAAAUUCAGUAAUAUUAGGUGGCUGCUGUCACUAAUGUUGAUUAGAGACGAUAAUGAAUUGUUUAGAUGA